CGUCGCCGUCUAUACCCCGUAUUAAGAGUGUCUGGAUCUGCGACAGAAUCAACGCGCUUCACUCCUUUAUUUCUUUAACCUUCUUAGCACUUAGUUCAGUUUGUGUCCCCUCCUUCACACACUGAACUGUCUGUACAUGAAUUUGAGUUCUUAUUCGAAGAUCUCUCCCUAGCAAGAGAGAGAUAUUUCAGAUCUCAGGUAUAAAGGUUUAUAAAUUUCUUCGAUGAAAUCUACCACCUGAAGUUUCCUAGAUCUUCCCUUGGUUAUGGCACAAAGUAUCUUAGAGAUGGAGGAGGAAGCUGGUCAAAUGGAAGGUCGAAUAGAUGCUGAUGCACCUUUAGAUUAUGCUGAAAUUCGGAUUUUGCCUAAUCAACACAGGGUCAGGGGCGGGGAUGUUAGUUACGAGGCAUUUAUUUACAGCAACAAAAAAGUGGAAAAACUAGCAACUGGGCUUCUUGAACAACUGUUGCCACAUAUACCCAAAGUAAGUGACUUGUAUGCUAAAGGAUCUGAUGGUAGCUUCAAAAUCCAACUACCGGGAAACCUCAGUGGUGCUGCAUGGUUCACAAAAUCAGUUUUAAACAGGUUCCUACAUAUGGUUCGUUCACCAGAUAUAAUGGAUGUCAUUGAUGCUAUCGAAGAUGAGAUGUUUCAAUUGAAGGAAGCCAAAAAAUUUCAUCUCUCUUUAUAUGACAAGGACCGUGACAAUCAAUUUGAAAGUUCGGAAGCAGGUAACUUUUACCAAAGUGCUAAUCAUUCGAGAAAAUCUAAUAGCUGCAACUUGAUUGAUGCGACACCAAGCAACAAACCUGAUGGCGAGAUUGCAUCAACAGAUGUUUCAAAAAAUGAACUGUUGCGAGCUAUGGACUUAAGGUUCACAGCAUUAAGAAGGGACUUAGUUGCGGCUUUUGACAAGUCUGUUGGUUCCACCUGCUCCUCUAAAGAAAUCAGUGAUUUAGUACAAUUUUCUCAACAUUUUGGAGCUUCAGCUUUAAAGAAUUCUUUGUGCAAAUUUUUGGAACUGAACCAAGAGAGUCAGAGUGUUGAUCCUCUAAAUGAUGAUGAGGCCUCAUCAAAAUGCAAUCCAAGGAAUGAAAAUGUGAACAAGACAGAUACAAAUACUUGGAUAUCAAAACCAGAACAUCCAGUUUUACCAGUAAAAUAUGGUGUUUCACCUGCUAAGGUUGCCCAGGUUGAGCGGGUGAGCUCAACAGAGAGCGAGGAGUUUUCUGACCCAAGUGAUGGGGAUCAAACAUCUGCAGAAAGAAGUCGAACUCUUAUAAGAUCUGCAUCACCUAGACGGUCAGCAUCUCCAAUGCGGAGGAUUCAAAUAGGGAGAACUGGAUCAAGGAGGGCUGCGGCCUUAACAAUUAAGAGCCUCAACUAUGUUCCUGCUAGAGAAAGGGCAUUGUCUCAUAGAGAUGUAGCUUCAAACAAUGGUGAAGAUGAAGGAUUUGAACAGCCUAGUAAGAAACCUGAGAUCAAUAUUCAGAGGAUGAGUGUUCAAGAUGCAAUAAACCUUUUUGAAAGCAAACAGAGGGAUCAGGCUGCAGAAAUUCAGAAACGGAGGUCAUUAACAAAUAUCUCUACCUUUGCAAAUAAAUCUGUAUUGAGAAGAUGGAGUGAAGGUACAGGUGAAGCUUCCUGUCAAGGUCAGCUAGAAAUUGUUUCUGAAGACCCUGUUCCAGAGACUUCCAACAAUCUUGUUGAGACGGGUGAAGUUGAUGUGGAAUUCGAUAAGGGGGAAGAAAAAGCAUAUGAUCCAAUAUAUAUUCAGGCAGACACGAAUGAUUUUCAAGCUGAUGCUAAAGAAACCCAAGGAGAGGAACUUAUUAGAAAAUCAACAACCUUGGAUGAAUGGAAUCGACAAAAGGAAGUGGAUUUGAACCAGAUGAUGAUGGAAAUAAUGGAAAGUAAGCCUGUUAGACAUAGUAAGCCUCAAGCUAGUAGAAAUAAAAAGUUUUCAUCUGAGCAGAGAGGUGGGUUUUAUGACCAGUAUAAGGAGAAGCGGGAUGAAAAACUUCGAGGAGAGAAUGCUAGAAAGCGAGCAGAGAAAGAUGCACAAUUUAGAGCAAUGCAACAAAUUCUUAAUGAGAGAAAAGCAGAAAUAGCCUUUGCAAAGGGGAAUGAUGUUGGUAGAAAAGAUGCUGUGCGCAAUCCCCAAAAAUCACAUAAAAGUUCAUCUCAACCUGUAAAUGCCAAAAAGGAAAUCUCAAAGCCAUGUGUGACAAAGAAGGUUUCAUCUAAAACAUCUUUGUUGCCUGCUACACGUAAAUCGUGGCCAUCAACACCAUCACCCAGAACCAUAGGGACGUCACCAGGUAAAACUCCUGGUGGCAAAUACUCUGCUGGUACUACAUCAACACAUCAGAAAUCUCAUCCAGCACCUUCACUUCCUCAACCGAGCUCUAAAGUGGAAAAGUCCCAGCAGCAACAGAGAAAUUUAAAGGAUACACGGAGUGAUCAUGACAGGAGAGUGAAGGUUGUGAAUGAGAAAAAGCAGGAAAGAGUGACAAACUCGAGCAAAACAACCAAAACAAAAGUGGUGAAAGCUUCUGGAGAUUGUUCUGGUAUAGUUCCCACAAAGCCUAGUUUCUAUAACAAAGUGACCAAGAAAAGCAGCAUAGUCCCACUGGAAUCUAAACCUUUUCUUCGUAAGGGUUCUCGGAGUACCUCUGCUGCCAGUCCUGUUAAUAAGAAAAAGAAUUCUCCCCAGGCAGAGGAAUCUACGAUGAACUGCAAAAAUUUGAUGAAAGCACAAGAAAGUGAGGUAAGUGUUGAUGCUUCUGACCUGGUCAGUCAGCAUCGGGAGGAAGAUGUGGUGUCACUGGAUCUUCAUGAUGCUGCUAUACAAUCAGAAACUCAGAUAAAUAGCCACUGGCAAUGUGGUGAGACUCAGAACUUUGACCAAGUUGCUGCUCAUGUUGUUAACGACUUCAACAAUAAGGCAGAGUCUUCUUUGGAACUCCAAGUUGAAGAAGAAUCUAUCAUUUCCCCCACUGCCUGGGUGGAAAUAGAAGAGCAUCGGGAACUGCCCCUUCCAUGUGAUGUCAGCACAUCUCAACUUGCAUCUCCAGCCAAUGUUCCACCUGUUGGAUUGUCAAAUUUACGUGUUCGUCAUUCUCUGUCCCAGAUGCUGCAAGAAGAAAGUAGUGAACCUGAUAUUAUGGAAUGGGGGAUUGCUGAAAAUCCUCCUGUCAUGGUCUGCCAAAAAGAUGCACCGAAAGGAUUGAAGAGGCUCUUGAAGUUUGCUCGGAAGAGCAAGGGGGAUGCAUAUACUACUGGUUGGUCUAGCCCAUCUGUUUUUUCUGAAGGAGAGGAUGAUGCUGAGGAAUCUAAAUCUUUAACUAAGAGAAAUGCAGACAACUUUCUUAGAAAGGCUGCUCUUCAAGCAAAGAAUUUUGCGCAGCAAAAGACUUCAUCAUGUGAAAGCUAUGAAAGAAAUUCUGAUGCUCACGGACUACUCCCUGCUCAAUCAAAUUUGAGCACAUUUACUGACCACCUUCCUCACAAGUUGCAAGAAAGUGGCGACUCAGUUGUGGUCCCAACUAAAGCUACAAGGUCGUUCUUCUCCCUUUCAGCAUUUAGGGGCAGUAAACUGAAUGAGACAAAGCAUCGAUCUUAAGAGCUUUGGACCUCCCCAGGUUGCCACUUCAAGGUCUUGUUCUGACCCCCUACCGAGGCAUAUGUUUAAUCCUCUGGGCAGGUAACACUCGCCCUGAAAAUUGUGUGGAAAUUCCUCCUGUCUAAUUAGAUUGUUGGUGGUGAUAAGAGCAAUGAUAAUGAAUCGGCCUAUCUGUCAGGUUUGAACUCGUCACCCAGGGGAAAAAUAGGAUAUUUGUGGAUAUUUACUUUUUAGUAUUGGUUUUGGAAGGUAACAAUUUAAUUUCAAGGUCCUUUCAUCCGCAAGACUAGUGUCUCUCAAAUCAACUGCAAAAUGCUUGGAUAAUGAUGAUGGUGAUUAUUGUUAUUAUUUUCCAGGUAAAAAGGCCAGAACCUCAUUAGAAUGCGCUCUGCUUGUACUUCAAUGUUGCCUUAAAAAUGAAAAUGUUAAUGAUUCCACCUGGAAUAUGUAAUAGCAAAGCCAAGGUAUUUCUUUCCAUCAGGGCUUUUAUCCUGAUGAUGAUCCUAAAAGUGUGAACUGCCCAGGUGUGGGUCAACUCAGCAAUUCUAGGCAAUGAUUAUCAUGACUGUCGGUGGCCUUCUCAGCCUUUAACAAUUGUUAACUGUAGUGAACUGGAUUGCUGUGCUUUCCGGUGAUGAAUUGUUACUGUUUUUUUCUUGUUUCCUUUGAUUCUUGUGCCA